GAUUGCAGCCUUUAGGCGUCAACCCCAGGGUGUGUAUCUUACUGGGACACUGUGAAGAUCUCCCCUUUCGUUUGCUGAGCGGUCGGGUGUAUUGCUCUGCACUCCGCACCCCCAGGGGCCCCCGACCGGGCUGAACUGGAGAUAUCUUUCUGUGGCGCCCUCCCGCGCCGGAUCUCUUUCUCCCUGGGGCGGGACGAUUUCCAGAGGCUCCGGUCACUAUGGCGCAUUCCCCACCAGUUCUUUUGGGGCAAGAACGAGAUGCCAACCCCUUCCUCCUUCCCAUCGAGAGACAAGUUCGAGGGUUUGAGUGAAUCAUCUUUUAACUUAAUAUCUGAGAAAUGUGACAUCUUAUCGAUUCUUUGUGACCAUCCAGAAAAUAGGAUUUACCAGAGGAAAAUUCAGGAGCUCAGCAAAAGAUUUUCUGCUCUACGAAAAACAAAAGGGGAUGGGAAUUGCUUUUACCGAGCUUUGGGUUAUUCCUACUUAGAGUCACUUAUUGGAAACAGUAGAGAAAUUCUCAGGUUUAAGGAACGUGUGCUACAGACCCCAAAAGACCUUUUAGCUGCUGGAUUUGAAGAACACAAAUUCAGAAACUUCUUUAAUGCUUUUUACAGCCUGGUUGAAAUGGUGGAGAAAGAUGGCUCUGUUUCCAACUUGCUGAAGGUUUUCAAUGACCAGAGCUUUUCAGAUCGAAUCGUCCAGUUCCUUAGGCUUCUCACCUCUGCAUUCAUCAAGAACCGGGCAGAUUUCUUCAGGCAUUUCAUUGAUGAGGAGAUGGAUGUCAAAGACUUCUGUGCUCAAGAGGUGGAACCCAUGGCCACAGAGUGCGACCACGUUCAGAUCACGGCUCUGUCUCAGGCACUGAACAUUCCUCUUCAAGUUGAGUACGUGGAUGAAAUGGACACCGCACUGAACCACCAUGUAUUUUCCGAGGCUGCCUGCCCUUCAGUUUAUCUACUUUAUAAAACAUCACACUACAACAUACUUUAUGCAACCGAUAAAGUGGGUUAAUUUUAGGCCCUGCAGUGUAGAGUGUCACAUGACAGGACUACAUUCUAAUAGAGCAUUCUGUUUUUUUUUUUUUAAUUAUUUAGAUGUUUCAUUAACUAGAAGGAAAUGUACAGCCUUUGGGGACACAUCACUUACAAGAUUGUGCCCAGGUUCUGUGUUGGGUGAUACCAAUUAACCAGCGAAAAGGCUGCUUUUUACCUCAUCUAGAUCACCUGUCAUUGACUGACUUCUGAUAACAUUAAUAAUGUUUGUUUUGGCUAUGGACCAAAUGUUUUCCACCUUUGACUGGGUAAAUGGUGUGAGAAAUGAGCACUUGAUGAGCAAUCAGGAGACCUGGGUUGGAAUCCUGGCUCUGCCACUCACUUGAUGCCCAGUCUUUAACAAGUCAUUGGCUCUCUGGAGCUCAGUAUCUGCAUCUGUAAAAUGGGGCAGGGUGGGUGAGUAAGCAGAUGUUGAAGAUCUCAUUUUUCCACUUCUCAAUAUUAUGUGGACUGCAGCUGUUCACCAAAGGUAAUCCUUCACAAGAAGAGACAGGGAAAAUUGUUUCCACAUACGAUGUUUUGAUUGCUAGAACCCCAUCGGAGCCAAAUCAGUUUAGGAUCAUUAGAUUUAAUGUUGAAAGGGCCACCUACCUGAAAUCAUAUACUCUGGGAUCUAGAAGUUCUUAUCCUGGGGCCCAUGGAUAGAUUUUUAGGGGGAUCAUAAAUUUAAAUGAGAAAAAAAUAUGUUUAUUUUCACUAACCUCUCACUGAAAGUUAGCAUUUCCUUCAGU